AUGGCCAGCCCUCAACAACACAUGUUUCAAACUGGUGUCAGUUUGGAACCGUCAGAGUUAAACCUCUUUCUCUUGAACUUGAACUUUGCAAUUGAAUCCUACCAACGGGCCGCGAAAGCUUGGGAAGCUGGGGCAUUCAAAGACAAAAUCGUACUGGUUGAGAUAAACUUUAAACUAUUGGACAAAGUCACCAUUGUUUCCAAGGAUGAAGACCAUAUAAACAUCAAGUUUGAUAAGGUCAGAAAAUUGAAACCAGUCUUCAAAAACGAACGAGGUACCGUCACAGCCGCCAACGCAUUCACCUUAAAUGAUGGGGCAAGUGCUGUUGUACUCAUGACGGCUGAAGAAUCUCGAUUGAGGGGAAUCAAAAAGCUGGCUAAAAUCAUCUCACCAGCCUAUGCCGAGGCGGCCUCCUUUCCCGUCGUUGCCCUCGCCAGUAUGAAAAUCCUUGGAAUCAAAGCCGACAAAGUCAAUGUCAACGGUGGAGCGGUCGCUUUGGGCCACCCUAUUGGCAGCAGUUGUUGUUGGAUUGUCGUCAGCUUGAUUCAUUCCUUGAAACCAGGCAAAUAUGGCGUGGCUGGAGUUUGCAAUGGAGGAGGAGCUGCUUCAGCAAUGGUCAUCCAAAGAUUAUGA